AUGAAUUAUCCAUUGGAUAAUGCCAAAUCUUGUCGAACUAAUAGAACUGGUAGUCAAAAUAAGCCUUCGGUAAUUUGUCAAUGGUGCGAUAGACUAGGGCAUAUGGUUAAUAACUGUUGGAAAAAGCAGAAUGAACAGCGUAACACGGGAAAUAAGCCCAGACCCACCUGUCAAAAUUGCAAUAAUUUUGGGCAUACCGCGAAAGAUUGUCGAUCUAACUCAAGGGCAAAUGUGGCAUCUAAAGACGCAGUAACGUGCCGUUAUUGCAAAGAGCAGGAGCAUCUCCUUGAGAAUUGCGAACUGCGAAUCGCAAGCAAUAAUCGAAGGAAAGCUAAUAGUUCGGGAAAUGCGGGCUCUCGAUGUCGGGUGUGCAGCAGGGAGGGUCCGGAAGGAUCUCACACCCGCCGGGAGCCCAAGAGACCAAAUGAGUAA